AUGGUGGUAAGAUUGGGGUGGGGCUUGCCUCAAGAGCUCCUAGCUCUUUUUCUAAUCUUCCUGCUUGUAAAGCUCAACCAUUCCUUCAGGAAACAUUUGACUCUAAAAGAUCCUUAUCAGCGAAAAGUUUCCACACAUCCUUCAGAUCUUUCAGAUGAAAUUAUAAUUGGAGAAUUUGUAUCCAUGACACUUGGUAAUUAUAGUGAACAGAAGUUUAGGGAACAUCCAAUUUCUUCACCAGCACAAGCUUAUCUAAUCCCUAAAAACUACCAGCAUGUCCUUGCUUUUAUUUUUGCCAUCAAAGAAAUCAAUAAGAAUACCGAUCUAUUACCCAACAACACAUUACGGUCCCAGAUUUAUGACAAUGCGUACAAUUCAUGGAGAACCACUUGGACCACUUUGGAUCUUCUCUUUCUAAGAAAAGGGGAUCCACUCAAUUAUUACUGUAUCACUGAAGAGGAAGUCAUGGCCAACAUUGGGGGACUCACCUCUGAAAAUUCUAUUCACAUGGCCAACAUCUUAAGUACUUACAAGAUUCCUCAGGUUAGUUAUGGCUCCUUUGACCCCAUAUUAAGAAAGAAAAUUGGUUUUUCUUCUUUCUACCGAAUGAUUCCCAAUGAAGAUUUUCAAUACAUGGGGAUAGUUCAACUUCUGAAAUAUUUUGAAUGGAAUUGGAUGGUGCCAAAAUCUACCUGUGUUGAGAGCUGCCAUCCUGGACAAAGCAAACUAAUUCAACAGGGGAAACAAAUCUGUUGUUAUGAUUGCAUUCCGUGUGCUUCAGGGAGGAUCUCAACACAAAUGGAUGCAGAUGAAUGUGAGUCCUGCCAAGAAGAACAAUAUCCUAACACAAAUCAACAAGAAUGCAUUCCCAAAGUAAUGACUUACCUGUCCUAUAAAGAUGGCCUGGGAACAGCUCUGACAUCUUUGGCACUUUUUCUUUCUCUGACCACACUUAUUGUGAUGGCAAUCUUCAGGUUACACUCGAACACUCCCAUUGUGAAAGCCAACAAUUGCAGCAUCACAUGUAUCCUACUCACCUCUCUGCUGCUAUGUUUUCUUUGCUCCCUCUUCUUCAUAGGAAGACCUAGCAAGGAAACCUGCCUUUUAAGGCAGGCUGUGUUUGGUAUCACCUUCUCUGUUGCUGUUUCCUGUGUACUGGCCAAAACGAUCACUGUGGUUCUGGCUUUUGUGGCUACAAAACCAGGGAACAAGAUGAGGAAAUGGAUGGGAAAGAGGCUAGCAAUCUUGGUUAUUGUGCCUUGUUCUUUGAUUCAGAUUGCCAUCUGUGCUGUUUGGUUAGUGAACAAGCCCCCUUUUCCAGAAUUAGAGAAGCAUUCCCAAGUGGGUGAGAUCUUAGUGAAAUGCAACGAAGGCUCAGAGAUGAUGUUUUACAUUGUGUUGGGCUACGUGGGUCUUCUGGCCAUUGUCAGCUUCACAGUGGCUUUCUUUGCCAGGAAAUUGCCUGACAGUUUCAAUGAAGCCAAGUUCAUCACUUUCAGCAUGUUGGUGUUUUGCAGUGUUUGGAUUUCCUUCAUCCCCACCUACUUGAGCACCAAGGGCAAAUUGAUGGUAGCCGUGGAGAUUUUCUCCAUCUUAACCUCUGCUUUUGGUUUAUUGAGUUGUAUUUUCCUUCCCAAAUGCUAUAUUAUUAUAAUACAUCCUGAAUUAAAUAAAAAGGAGCGGGUGAGGCAGGAGAGUUUUGCAUAA